AUGCCGUCGACGUCUCGGUCGCGGGGCUCUGGGCGCGGGGCUGAUGGCGCGCCGAAGCCCCAAGUCAUAGCCCCCAUGUCGGAGCGGCAGCAGUUGGCACUGGUGAUGCAAAUAUCAUCCCAGGAUGCCCCUCCAGCCGCUCCGACUCCGGCCGAGGAACGGAAGCAUACUCGACAGCAACGAAAUGAACGCGGAGAAACACCAUUGCAUGUAGCAGCUAUAAGAGGAGACCAUGAGCAAGUCAAGAAGCUUCUUGAUCAGGGUCAAAACCCAGACAUUCCAGAUUUUGCCGGUUGGACAGCCCUGCAUGAGGCUUGUAGCUACGGUUGGUUCGAAGUGGUGACUGUGUUAGUAGAAGGCGGUGCUAAUGUGAAUGCUAAGGGCCUAGAUGAUGACACACCACUCCACGAUGCAACUACCUCUGGCAAUCUGAAGAUGGUAGAACUCCUCAUAGAACGUGGAGCUGAUCCUUUCGCAAAGAACGCCAAAGGAAAAACUCCUUCAGACUAUGCUACGCCACACAUCUUUGAAUACCUCCAGUCUUUGAAAGAUAACGCGAGAACUGCAAAUACAAGUCGUGCGAGGGAUGACAGCAACAAGAAAGGCAAUGCAAGUGCAAACAGCGAAUCACACAAGCGAAGCAACAUGGAGGGCCUAGCGCAGGGCGAACAUUUGGAGGGCAAGGAAACCUCCUCUCAAGAGAAAGGCAAUGUUGAAAGUAGAGAUGAUGGAACAUCACAACUGAGUAGUGGUGUUGUAUCCUCUACUCAGGAUGAAGUUAAUCCCGGCAACAAGAGGCUGUAUACAGAAGACGUUCAAGAGGCAGAUGUGACAGAGGAAGAUGUAUCAAAACGAAAGAAGAGGAAAGACAAUGAGGAAAAAGAACCCAUGGCCAAACCAGCGCCCGUGGCACGAGGUGGUGCCGGCCGAAUCCUAACUGGUAGCAAACCUCCGGGGCCGGCAAGUAAGACGGGGGCACAGCCGCUGGGCAAAGGAGCGCAGAACACGAAGGGCGCGGGUUCUUCUUCUGGAAAAGGUGCGCAGGCGCAGGGGAAGGGGGGUGGCGCUAAUGCCAAAGCUAACGCGCAGGGAUCUCAUCAGGGUAAAUCGGGGGGUGCAAAGGGAGCAUCAGGUUCACAAGCUGGCAAACAAGAUCGGAAGAGUCCUGUCGCAAGCCCUAAACCAAAUCAGGGUAAGGAUGAUGAUGAGGACUCGAAGAGCCAGGAAUCAUCGGCACCGAAAGUGCCACCUUUGAAGAUAGUUAUACCAGGAGGUGCCGGUGGUUCAGGAAGUCGUAAUGAACAGGAAGGCGAUGCACCCCAAAGAAGGGCAAGUGGUAGUGCAGGUCAGCGUGGUGGUGGCAAAGGUCGUAGCAGCCUGUCAACGCUGCCAUAUGUCAUCCCAUGCACGAGUGCAGACACUGGGCAGACAUCGGAUAGCUCUGACAACUGUGAAGACAAGAGAACUGGUGAAGCAAAGGCCGGGCAAAGGGUUCUCCGCUCCCACAGAACGAAUGACGGUGAUAAAGAUAAAGGGAUGACCUCUCCGCUAAGAGGGUCGGAGAAUCGCUCAGGCUCAGGGCAGAAUCAGGCUUUGAAUUCCAACAAAAGUCCACCACCCUCUGGGCAGGACGCUGACCACGCUACAUCUACUUCGUCGGGUCCUGGUGGGAGAUCGGAGUCAGCUGCCGGUCCGUCUGUGGAGUUGCAUCCUAGGAAGAGGAAAAUUAAAGCAUCGAAAGAUAAUCAUUCAAGAGACAGCAAGAACGAACAAGUCCCAGACAGCACCACACUCACUCACAACAUCACACAUUCCAACCCCUAUCAAAUGUAUAUUCACAUAAGGAAACAGAUCGAGAGACGUCAGAAGGCUCUGUUUCCAGUGAAACCAAAGCCGCCUAAAGACUUCAACAAGUACCUGAUGAACCGUUGCACUUACACCCUACAGAGUACCGUCAACCCAGAGCCACAAGUUGAAAUACCACCCAACCUACCAUCACAAAUGGUUAACGAGUUUCUGGCUCAAGAGAAGGAAAGGACGAGAUUACGCAUCCAACACCUUGUUGAAAAAGAGAAGCUUGUUUUGGCCGUCGAGCAGGAAAUAUUGAGAGUACACGGGCGCGCCGAACGCGCUGUGGCCAAUCAGGCUCUCCCCUUUUCCGUGUGCACUAUAUUGCGCGAUAAAGAGGUUUACAACGUGCUAGCACCGGAACAAGAGGAGAAACGCAACGCGCAGCGAUCCCGUUGUAACGGACGUCAAAUAAACUCGUGGCUCCAGGAAGUCGAUGAUAAAUGGGAGAAGAUCAAGGAAGGUAUGCUUCGCCGUCAACAUACGGAAGCAGAAACUCUACACGCAGUGCAGAUCAUGGGAUGGGAGUGGAAAUUAAAAGAACACGGUCUGUGUGACUACAAGUCCACGCCGAAGAUAGAUCCGACACACGUACCACAGAUACACGUGUCGAAUUUUGACUUGCCCGCUUGA